AUGAGUUCUGCCAUAGUGGAACAACUCCGUUCACUGUUGACGCUUUCUGAAGAAGAAGCUCACCGACAGUUAAAGUCUCUGAAUGGCGAUCUUGGCGCUCACACAGAAUUUCAAUUUGUUGAUGCGAGAAUGCGUCAGGACGUCGCUAAAAUGAUUGAGAGCUCAAGCGACAAGCCUUGCUUACGUGCACCAUUGCUGGAGCUGAUAAGAAUACUAGCUCGUGAUAAGAGGCAAUUGGACGUGUUGCUCACUGAGCCAGUCCGUAGAUUUAUAAUACGUGCGAGUGGACAUACAGAGGCAAAAUCAGAGGUUCUUCAAGAUGUUAUUGAAGCGGACAAAUGUUUGGUGAAUACUCUUUUCAACUCAAGCGUUAUGCGUCAGUCCUUUGAGUGA